UAGAAUAAAUGGUUGUGGUUUAGAAACUUUGUUGCCUGCUGGAACUGGAAUCAUGAGUACAUGCUGAUGAUACCUAAGAGAGUGUCAGAGAACAGAACGGUAAGCGAUGGAACAUGAAUUAAAAUAUUAAAAAAAAUAUAUGUAUGAAAUGAUGGAUGGUGCUGCUCAUGAGGAAGAUCAAGGACUAUAGGAAUUAGAUAAGAGUCAUCAGAGACAUGGAGUUCCCCACUCAUAAAGAUAGCUAGGUAAGGGGUGCAAGGGAAGAGAUCAUAUAAUUGCUUUGCUUAUUUGCGAGGAUUUGAUGGAAGAACAUCUCACUCCAUUGGCUGUUACCCAUCUCCUUCAACACACUCUCAGAAGUUUGUGCAUCCAUGAAAAUUCUCAAUGGGUCUACGCAGUCUUCUGGAGGAUCUUGCCUAGAAACUACCCUCCACCCAAGUGGGAAGGACAAGGGGCUUAUGAUAGAUCAAGAGGAAACAGAAGGAAUUGGAUAUUGGUGUGGGAAGAUGGUUUCUGCAAUUUUGCUGCAUCAGCAGCACCUGAAGUUAACUCUGGUGAUUGUUCUACCCCACCUGUUUAUGGGAACUGUGAAUUUCAGCCCUACCAAGGGCUGCAACCGGAGCUCUUCUUCAAGAUGUCACAUGAGAUCUAUAACUAUGGAGAAGGGUUGAUAGGAAAAGUGGCUGCAGAUCACAGCCACAAGUGGAUAAACAAAGAGCCUAAUGAUCAAGAAAUCAACUUCUUGUCAGCAUGGCACAAUUCAGCAGAUUCGCACCCUAGGACUUGGGAAGCCCAGUUCCUGUCUGGUAUAAAGACCAUAGCUCUUAUUGCUGUAAGAGAAGGUGUUGUUCAAUUAGGAGCUGUUCACAAGGUUAUUGAAGACCUGAGCUAUGUGGUUCUUUUGAGAAAAAAGUUCAGCUACAUUGAGAGCAUCCCUGGUGUGCUGUUGCCACACCCUUCAUCUUCAGCAUACCCUUAUAAAAUAGAAGGAGGAGGGUAUGGAGCACCAGAACAAUGGCAUUAUCAAGGCGGCAACAACCAUCACCACCUUGCAUCACCCCAACAAACUGAACUAUAUGAUCACCAUGGCCACUUCAACUUGCCACUCAAGAUAACUCCUUCAAUGAGUAGCCUUGAGGCACUUCUCUCCAAGCUCCCCUCAGUGGUGCCACCAACAACAACACAACAACAACCACUCUUGCCAUCUAAUUCCCAGCAACAACAACGAAGGCCAUUGGAGUUCAUCAUGGGAAUGCAGAAAGUGGCAAAGGAAGAGUUGGAACAAGAAGAGGUGUACAGGCCAGAACUUGACAUAGGUGAGAGUAGCAGCUCCUUGCCAGGAGGAGGGUACCACCAACACCAACAUCAACAUCACUUCCAUCAAGAUCAGAAUAAUAAUGUAACUAGGAGUGGAGCCAACAAUGGAUUUUGAAAUUUCUGUACCAUUAAUUAAUUAGUACUCCUUUCUAAAAAAAACAGAUGAUGAUGAUAAUGGGGAAGAAUCAGAGGCAAUGUUAAUGAAAUUUAGACCUAAUUAUUAAGUCCUAACAUUGUAGUGAGUUGUUGUUAGCUUCAUCAGUAUUAUUAUGAUAAUAAUAAUAAUAGUAAUAAACUAAUAAUAAUAA